AUGGUUCACCAGCUGCUGGGACGUCUCCUCGAGAAGGGAUUGAACUUACAGGCCAACGCGCCAGUGGUAUCGGUUUCAUCUGCGCCUGAUGCCGCCGGUCGAUGGACGGUACAGACUCCUCGUGGUUCCAUCAUUGCCGGCAAGGGAGUCGUAGCUACCUACGGCGACACGGCCAGGUCCUCCCGCAGUACGAAGACCGCACCGUACCGGUCCGCGGGCUCUGCAGUCGCAUCACCUCGCCCCGCGGCCCCAAUAGCCCACACCUGGUCGUCGACACCUACGGAGUCAACUUCGACGCGCGGAUCAACGACUACCUCAUCCCCCGAAUGGACGGCAUCAUCGUGGUCGGUGGCGCGAGGCAGAUUUUCUGGCACAAACGGGCCAAAACUCCGCGGGAAGCCGGGGCUAUUAAUCGUCGUUGGCUUUCCUGGCUACGGCAUGCCGGAGAUUCUCCUUUCGAGAAAGGGUGUGGCGUCAAUGAUCCGUGAUGGUGUUCAAUUUGAGGAUAUGGGUCUUGCGAGUAUCAUGGAGACAUCAAAGGAGAGGAUGGAGAGGGAAAACAGCCCACUGGAGGACUCGCUCAAGUCUUCACAGGAGGAUGGAUGA